CGUCUUUCUAGAUCCAAGCUAUUGAAGGCCUGAGCUUAUUUUCUGAAUAACAGCUACGUUCAGUUCCUUAGCUCAGUACAACAAAUCAUGGAGACAUUCGAGGAUGAGAAUCCAUUCGAGGCCGAGGGUGUCCACCUCCACUCCGAAACAUCGUCACCAGCAAACGUGAAUCUCUCGGAGCCGUCGUCUCCACCGACAAAUGCAUACAGUGGUGUCCUGUCCCCGCGACCUGGCUCACCGUCUGCCUCUAAGCCCACAUUUCCUUCGCCAGGCUCGCAUCGACUGCCACAGCCAUACAAGAGUGAUUACUGCUGUGUGCGCGAUCGUUGGCUACACUCCGGGGAGGAUGUCGAGAUUCACAUCACAGACGCACAGAAGACCUCGCUGAACUCAACGUCACCUUACAUCACGUAUAUAAUCAGGUCGGGGAAUGCCGAGGCACACCACCGAUAUUCCGAGUUUGAGUCGCUGCGGCAGAGCCUUGUGAAGCUAUACCCAACGCUAAUCAUCCCGCCUAUUCCAUCGAAGAACACAAUUGGUGACUAUGCGGUCAAGCAGGCGAAAGCGAAGGAAGAUGCCGCGAUGAUCGCAAGGCGAAAGCGUAUGCUGCAGACGUUCCUCAACCGUGCCGCGCGCCAUCCCAUUCUUUCGAAUGAGCAUGUGUUCCACCGGUUCCUAGAUGGCGAAGUGUCUUGGAGCGAGGUGCUGCAUUCACCACCGAUAUCUCAACUGCCAAAGAACAUCCUUAAGGCCCCAUCUCACAAUCCCACAGAUGCAUCAACGGCUAUUGCUUAUGCCGCUCUGCCUAACCCAUCCGCAUCGCACCCCUUGCGACGGCCUGAUCAACGUUUUCUUGACUCGGAAGUGUUCACUAACAAAUUUGCGACGCAUCUCAGCGGACCGAUGGAGAAAGUGACUCGAAGGUGCAUGAAGCGGUGGUCAGAUUGUGCACAGGACCACGCAGAACUUGGCGCUGCGUUGAACGGAUUUAGUUUGAACGAGACUGGUCAGCUGUCAACAGCCAUAGAGCGCACCGGUCAGGCAGUGGAUGCAACGUAUAUGUCCACCAAUCAGCUACUGCAGGAUCUGGAACAGAACUGGGCUGAGCCGCUGAAUGAAUACAGCCAGUUUGCAUCAAUCAUCAAGAAGCUACUCUCAUACAGGCACCAGAAACAUGCACAGUAUGAGAUGACGCAGGAGAGUCUGGAGUCAAGGCGUGAGCAGCUGGAGGAGCUGGAGAAGAGUGAACGCGAAGCAAAGCGGCUUGAGGAGGCUCUGGGGCGCGGUCGCGGUGAGGGUCUCGAUGCAUCCCGUAUAAUGACGCCCGAGGGUGAACAGCAGGAGCGAGAGCCUACAGAGGCGGGAGACGAAGUCACAUCUGAGUCGCAGACCCUUGCCGAGGAGCAGUCAACUUACCUUCCACCACAUCCCGGACCAAGUCCUGUUCGCAGGCGGGCUCCUGGCAUGGGCUUUUUGAGUGCGCUGAGCUACACUCUGCACGGGAUGAUGGACGUCGACCCUGAGACUGCGCGACGUAAUUCAAUCAGCAAGACUCGAGAGACGAUCUCACAGCUUGAGGAUGCUCAGCACUUGACGGCGCAGGAUUUGAAGUACUCGAGCUCUACCAUCCAGGCAGACUUGGAUCGCUUCCAGCGACAGAAGGUCGCUGACUUGCGAGAGAUGUGCAUCAGCAUGGCUCGAGCGCAUCGGGAUUGGUGCAAGAAGAACUUGGAAGCAUGGGAAGAGGCCAAGAAGGAAAUUGUACAGAUUUCUGAUCACCCGAACCAGACACAGGAAAGCCAGAACGCCGGUGGCGGCGGGGUGACGAAUGGGAGACGAGACUCGACGGCGACAAUAAACGGUCGAUGAAUAUCUCGUGUAUCCAGUAAUGACAUAACUUCAGGAUUAGCGUGUGGCUACGUUUCUUCUUACUGGAUACCGUCAAGUCUGUUUAGUUCAAUCACAUCUUCGUCUAUGUAUCUUGAGUGUUAGUCGAGGCUGUUACACGACCUCUUCGCACGAUCGUGAC